AUGUCAAAUUUUAAGAAUAGCACAACGAACCUGCUGCCAACAGGGAGCAACAACACAAAGCGCCUCCGGAUGCCUUGGACCGCUGAAGAAGACGAGUUACUCCUACGUUUAGCAAAACAACAAGGCCAAUCCUGUUAGGAAUGCGGCCAAAUUUUCACAUCCUCCAGCGAUGCCUAUGUCAUGCAAAAGGAGAUGGCGGAAUGUUGCCGUAACAACAAGCCAAUCAGAACAUAUACCUCACAAGGGCUUCGCCGUCGCCUCCAGGUAUUGGAGAUUAAGCAUAUCAAGGACACAGGUUCAGGAUACGGUUUCCCUGACUUUACAAAUGAAAUUUCCAAAGGAAAUUACAUCAGGACCGAAUUGGGCAUUAGCGAGCAGAACGUUAAGAACCACCACCACAACUGGACAGAGGAGGAAGACCAGAUUCUCAUGACCAACUACAUGAGGGUGGGUCUGCGAUGCGAGAAGUGCGGCCAACGUUUCACCUGGUAUAGCGCUGCUUAUUCCAUGAGAAAAGAGAUGGCGAAGUUCCAUCCGGGCCAGAAGCCAGCCAGAAUAUAUACCCCUUCAAUACUUUGCAGGCGUUGGCGACGGUUGAAGGGAAAGAGUGAUGUUUCUGAAGACGUUGCCUGGCAGAUCUACGAGUCUUUAGAAGGUAACACGCAGAUUUCAGAGCAAAUUGUGGAGGAUGAAGAUGUUAUGGAGAUUUUAAAACAAAUUAUAAAGGAUGAAGAUAUUACGGAGACUUCAGCAGCUCAUCGAGGAGAGAGAAGGGGCGGCAACUAA